GUGAAUACAUAACUACAUACAUACAUACUUUGUUGUUGCAAUAUAUAUAUAUUAUAUAUUUUUGUGCAUACAGAAAUUUAUCUAAAUAUAGCCAAGAAAAAUCUUUCAUUAUUCCCGCGGUGGUCUAUACUGUACCGGCCAUACAUGUGUUUAUCUUGUUCCUCUGUUGCAUACUGGUUUCGAAGCUUUUGUUUUCUUUCGUAGUGUACGAUGAGUAACGUGCGAAAGAACGUUGACAUGCCGUUUCAAUUUCACGACGUUCAGCAAAAUGUGGUGGAGCCAAUGCAAGUUGAUGCUCCUACAGAAGACAAUGAUAAUGCAGAACAGGAACCAUAUAUUGUGGAAAAUCCGACACUGGAUUUGGAAGUAUACGCUAAUAGCUACACAGGCCUCGCCAAAUUAUAUAGACUCAUGUACAUAGCUGAACAUUGUCCCAUGUUAAGGGUAGAAGCAUUGAAAAUGGCUAUCUCUUACGUGAUGACAACAUAUAAUGUUUCUUUAUACGUGAUAUUACACAAAAGACUAGUACAAGUUGUAGGUUCUUCUGGAUUACCAGAUGUUGCUGCUCAAUCAACAUCUCAGGAUAUGUUGACUUUAGACCAAGCAUGGGUUGAAUCUCGAUCAAAAAAGGCUGCUUUAAAAUUAGAAAAAUUUGAUACAGAUUUAAAAAACUACAGAAGUAAUUCAAUUAAAGAAAGUAUCAGACGGGGCCAUGAUGAUCUGGGAGAUCAUUAUCUAGAUUGUGGAGAUCUUGUUCACGCCUUAAAAUGUUACUCCAGAGCAAGAGAUUACUGUACUAGUGGCAAACAUGUUGUAAACAUGUGUUUAAACGUUAUCAAGGUUUCUGUUUACUUGCAAAAUUGGACACAUGUACUGAGUUAUGUUACAAAGGCUGAAAGUACAUCGGAUGGCUCUGAUGUUCAUGGUAAAGAUAAUAAUCAGUCUAUAGUUACAAAAUUAAAAGUUGCAGCUGGUUUAGCAGAACUAGCAACGAGGAGAUUCAAACUGGCUGCAAAACAUUUCCUACAAGCAUCGCUAGAUCACUGUGAUUGUCCAGAAUUACUCUCCCCUGGAAAUGUUGCCUUGUAUGGAGGUCUUUGUGCUUUAGCUACGUUUGAUAGGCACGAGUUACAGAAGCAAGUCAUUUUCAGUGGUUCCUUUAAACUAUUCCUGGAAUUAGAACCACAAUUAAGAGAUAUUAUUUUUACAUUUUACGAAUCGAAGUAUGCAUCAUGCUUGAAGUUAUUGGAUGAAAUUAAGGAUAAUAUACUCUUGGAUAUGUAUAUAGCGCCACAUGUAAAUGUACUGUACACGCAAAUACGAAAUAGAGCACUAAUACAAUACUUUAGCCCGUAUUUAAGUGCAGAUAUGAGACGUAUGGCCACUGCUUUUAAUAGAACAGUUUCAGAACUUGAAGAUGAGCUCAUGCAAUUAAUUCUUGAUGGACAAAUUCAAGCUCGUAUAGAUUCUCAUAAUAAGAUUUUAUAUGCAAAAGACGUUGAUCAGCGUAGUACUACGUUUGAGAAGUCAAUAAGUGCUGGCAAAGGGUAUCUGAGAUGUACACGCAUGUUAAUUUUAAGGGCAGCUAUGUUGAGACAACAAAUACAUGUUAAAAGCCUUCAACGUGAUAGUACUCAAGGAGGGGAGAUGUCUGUUACUUGGAAGCAGUAGUUUAAUGGUAAGAAAUUGAUUUGUGAUUUAUGCGAAUAUUUUGAUUAAUAAAUAUAAUUAUUCAAAUAAGCUGCCAUGGUCAGUAAGAUACAAAAAAAGUACUUCAAUAUCAUAUCGAACAUGUUAUUAAUAUAUGUAAAUUGCUGAUACCGAAUUUGACUUUCAAUAAAUUGCAUAACAUGUAUGUACCAUAAUUUCAGAAAGAUAGAAAAUUAGUAUUUUUAAAACUACUAGAGCAAAUUUGAACAAACCUUUGAUAACAUACAAUGUAUGCUAGCGCCAAUAAAAGUAUAAUUUGUUUUUCAUGCA